AUGGCCACCACGAGCGCCUCUGUGGCGGAGACUCCUGCGCACCCAGAGACGCCACAGACAACGCAGGAGACGCAGGAGACGCAGCAGAAGCAGACCCCGUUUGACGCCAAGAGUGUAGCCAUGAAGAGCAGCGCAGACGGUGUCAGUAGCCGCACCAGCCGCCCGAGAGCUGCAGCUGCAGCGGCGAAUGCCGAGAUGGUGAAGCAGGUCAAAGGCGAGGAAACACCAUUGAGCGUCGUGUUUGCCAAGGCCGCGAGCGAUGCAGCAGCCAGCAAACCCCCACAACAACGUGCCCCAGCGGACCAUGCAGCCAAGACUCAAGAUGUAGCUAUGUUACCUGAUGAUGCUGACGAUGUAGCCAUCAUGAAGGAAGAGCAGCCUCCAGCCGAGGAAGGCAGAAGGAGGCCGUCCAGAGCUGCAGCCGCUGCUGCGAACGCCGGAAUGGCUCGACAAGGUAAAGAGGAAGAAGGUUCGCUGGGCAUGCUCUUGGCUUCAGCCCAGGUGCGGCCCAUGGAGCAGGAGCAGGAGGUGGUGGAGUCCAAGCCUACAAGGCCUCGAGUGGCGGCAACGACAGCGGGCAGCACGAAAGUGGCGCAAGACACGCUGGAGCUCACCAGCGCUGAGCAGCAGCCGCAGCGGGGCAAGAAACGACGCCAAGCGCCCGUGUUCGAAGCUGCGCCGAUCAUCACGGACCUGCCGCCGCUGCCGUUCACGACCCCCAGUGCCGAGCUGAAGCUGAAGAACAAGAGCAAGAGCAAGAACAAGCACGCGGCUGCAACCACAAAGACCAAGGCCAAGCAGUCCGUGGAGGAGGCGGCAGGAGACGACGCCCGUCACUGCGAGUUCUGCAGGAAGGCGGCGAAUGUGUGCGUGCUGAUGCACUGCCACGCGUGUCGACGGGUGUACCACGCCAAGUGCUUCUGGCACGCGUUCAAGCCGUACGUGGAUGCGAAGGUGUCGAUUCUGGACCAGCUGAAGCGUCUGCAGCUUGAGGCACCCGAGCGUCGUGGCAACAUCUUCCGGUGUGCGUCGUGCAGAGCUGCGUUUCGGAAACUGGUGCAGAUGAUGAACGAUAUGGAACUAGAGAAGCAGCGCAAGAAGGACCAGAAGGACAAGACCAAGAAGAGCGGCGCUGCAAAGCCACCGACCUCGACACCGAGCCGCUCAAACUCGACGUCACGCAGUCAACGUACACGAAGAGGCAGCGCAGCGCUCGAUGAUGGAGUGCUUAACGCGCGGACAACCAAGCCUUCAACAUCGCGGAGCGUGCCACCUGAAGGUCUUGAUGUGAAGAAGGAAGGAGACAAUAAUGCCGAAGGUCGUGAUGUGAAGAAGGGAGAGGAUACGAAUGCUGGACCUGUGGACGGGGUUAAUGGCAAGAAAGAUGCAGUAAAAGCGGGAAGUGAAGCCAAGGCGGUGCCGAUGGACGUGGACGCCGGGGCUGACACCCAACCUGGUUCAGGUGAGCCAGGAAGUGCUGAGAAGACUACACAUGGACCGGAAAUGGAGCAACAUGUCAGCACGGUAGCGGAGCGACAACAGGAGUCGCACCCAGCAGAAGCUGCCACGCAGCAUCAAGAGACCAAGACCCAGCCAGAGCUGCAGCAACUAGCACAAUAUGCUGCUGCUGCCAAGAAGGAACAAGCAGAGCUUCAGGCAAACCAGGAGCUGGUCCCCGCGAAAGCAGGAAGAACAGUCCGUGAAGUGCGCGUACAUCACGAAACGAAGACUGAGCGCUGGUGCUUCCCGAUCGUGUGCUCUCGGACAACGAGUCUUCGAGUGUCGGGUAUGAUGAAGUUGGGGACGUGCAAGUGGCCGCUCAAGAAGAGAGCCGUCAUUCAGUGCGCGUGCUGCGAUAAGCUGUUCGGAUACCCCGAGUUCGUGCACCACACAGACAGCAGCUUGGUCAAGGACGCGAAGUGUGCGACGGAAGACCCGAUGCCGUACCUAUUCGUCGAACACCGGGAUACCACGCUCCACACACCACUCGACGAUUUCCUGCCUGCUCUUAGGAGUUGGGCUGGUCGUCAGAGCGCGAAUAACCCGCCCACCAAUUCGCGCAGAGGGCACGCGUUGAGGCGAGAGGCAGCCGCAGCGGUCGCAAUCCCCACGAUGAAUAUGACGAACCCGGAGGCCGCCGCGGAAGCGCUGCCAGCCACAGUGUCCAGACUCUGCGCGCUCGCGCUAUUUAAGCGCCCCAAGCCCCGGAGUGACAAGACUUCGACUGCGGCGCGAUUGUCGGACCCGCCAAGUUUGGACUUUUUGGCGCUGGUGGUGUGUCUGUCGCCCAAGUACGUGAUGAACAUGUCGAACGGCAGUCUUGUAGACCGCGUGGUGAGGUCGAACACUUCGGUGCCCGACCACUCGUUCCCGCGCAAGUCUGGAUGGCUGGCCUUCAAUUGGACGGUGACCUUGUCGCGCCAAGUCACGUGCACCUGCUGUGAAAAGUCGUACACUUUUGAAUCAUUCGUGGAGCACGCUGGCAUUUCCCUGAUCGAGCUGAAGCAGAAGUCCCGCCAGGUGUUGUAUGUCGUGGAGCGGACGGACGAGUCCGCACUGGUGCCGUACAACUCGUUCGCGACGGAUCUGGAGACAAGGCCAACGGGCUGGAUUCGAUCCUGGACGAGCUCCACCCGCCGCCUCCAUCCCCUCGACCUAUAUAACAACAAGAAGGGUUCAUGCGUUCGAGUAUGA